UCAUCACGCAAUAGCUGUGUAGACUAUGUAUUACUAGCUAGUUACGAUUGAGAAAAAAGCUAGCCUAGCAUUGCCAACAUCCCACAGAAGUCACGAUCGCUCCUCAAUACUUUCCCCAAUCGGACAGAAUUACUGUCCACAUAAUCGCGAACCUAUUCACCCCUAUGCUCCUGGAUAGCAGUUCUAAAGCUUUUUUUGUGUGAUCAAAGCAAACCCAAUAUUUGGGGGUUCCAAAAAAAUGUCACCGUUCUUGACUAGUCUAAAACACUGGGUUGUGGAUUUAUUUAAUGUACAGCAUCAAUCACAGGACGCUCAAUUAUCCGUGUGUUUCACAUUGAGGCGCAGUCACUGUUGAGCCACACGCUGAUCCCAAUGCAGCCAGACAUAUAGUCCACAUUGUCUAAUUAUAGCGGAUCACACAGGUGGCGGUGUCAAUAGGCUUUGUAGAGUUGCCCCAACGGUAAUUAACGCCAGAUGGUUGGACUCCGCUGUUCUUCAACCCCAUCAUGGUUUCUAUUUUUCUCUCUGCGAGAUUACGGUGGGUCACGUGACUCACUGUCAAUUACAACAGGGAUUCAGUGACGCGUCUGUAAAUCCACACACACACACACACACACACACACACACACACACACACACACACACACUAAAAAGACCGAUGACGUAAUGCGGUUCUUCCGCCGUUUUACACACGUUCACAUGUACACUCAUGCCUGCCUGGGGAGUGCAAAGCGUUUUUUAAAAUUUAUUGCUUUCCCCAUCACGUGGCCUUUCUCCUUUCAGCACGUUUAAUUAUAAGGAUGCUGAAUGAACAUGAGCUGAUGAAAUACGAGUUUGCUUGAUUAUUUAAAGUAGCCUAAAGGUCUGUGUAGAAAAGCAAUACCAUUCCACUGCUGUCAGUGUAUUUCACUCUCCCUCUCACUCUACCCUAUAGGCUAUAGCCUAGUUAGAAGUAGGAACUUUAUGUAAUAAGGAUGAACCAUAACAAACUGGCCGUGCUGAUCUUAUAGCAGUGUGGGGGAUUGAAGUCAGAAGUAUGUCACCACCACCACUAGAGUCUUACUGGGAAGGAUUACUGUGCGUGAACGUGAGUGUGUGGUCUGGUUUUCACAGGCUCAAUUAGCAGCAGAACUCGGGCCGAGAGAGAGAGCGAGAGUGUGUGUGUGUGUGUGUGUGUGUUUGGGUGCCCUGUUCAAACAGUAGCCCAGCAGUUUACAUAAGAAGACACCAGUGGCUGCUAAAAUAGGGAAAGCCCUGUGGCGAACACACACACACACACACACACACACACACACACACACACACAGCCUCCAUGAACAUACACCUACAAUAGCCUACAGUUUCCUCUGGGCUAGUGCUCUGUCUCAAACCAAAAGUUGAUUGAUGAGUGCCUGGUGUGUGGAAAACAUUGGCCUUCCCUGCCAUGUGACUGUGUGCGUAUGUGACAUUGACAGGGCGUGUAUGGUGUGCCAGUGGUAUCUUUUUUAGGGCUGAAUCGUGUCGUUAAACGGGAACACCUGUGUGGCACUCUGUCUCCUGUGACAGCCAGCCAGGCUGUGGCGGGGCUGGGCUGAGCAGUUGGCUAGGCCAGGUGUGACCUAACGUAACGUUUCUUUCUGGUCCUGACAAUAUAUAUUUUUCUUCUGCACUGUUUAACCAAUCCAGUUCAGUGUCACCUUGUUGACGCCCAAAAGCGUAGGUCACGUCACGGGCUCUCUCUCUCAAUUUCUCUGAAAACCAGAUGCAUCCGGUUGUCAUUGACCCCCGCGAAGGGUGGGCCAGGUGUGACGUCCCCAGAGCAGAGCCACAGGGCCAUGUGACCACAGCCAGCAGGCCAUGCCAGGGGACAGACAGGCAGGUGGCACAGCUCUGGGCCCUGUUAUUCAUCACUGAUCUUGCAUGACCGGGGAUAGGUCAAAGAUAUGUGGAGGCAGCCCUGGCUUAAUCCUAUCCGGUCAGGUAAGAUCAGUGAUUCCUUUAAGAAAGCGAGGACGAGGGAUACUGCUAUAAAACCCACAGGCCUCUCACCUCUGUCAGGCUAUAUCUGUCCUGUAGAACUGUAGAGGGGGUCCAAAUCAAACAAAGUCAUUUCUCUACUGAAUAUCUGAAUAUACUCCUGCUGAGUCUGUAGAGAAAAGAGUCUCUAAAUCUCGUGUCCUACUUCAUUAGGCUUAGUACAGUCGGUGCUGAUCAAGGACCUAGCAUUCCUAGCUGGCUCAUAAAUGUCAGAUUAGAUUUCAACGUUGCGAUCGCAGUUGCGCCACAGUUGCUACUUGCCAUAAAUGGAAGGACAGAGCGCUUUGUAGCCGUUGACACUCAAGAACAGUGGCACUCCGACUAGUGGUGACCCAGAUGACACCACUUCCUGCUGGGGCAUGUUAAGUGGGGCCCGUAGUGCCCUUCUCUCAGCUCUAAUGAAAUGCCCAGUGCUCUCAUGCAUGACACGCGUAUGUACAGUACUGUGCUUCGCUCGCCCCUCGCACACUUCUGGGCUCUCUCACACUUCAUUUGGCCUUUCUUUCUCACACUGACACACGCAAAGGCACACAUGCACACAAGUGGACUUUUUGCACAACUUAAGCGCUCACACACACACACACACACUCUCUCUCUCUCUCUCUCUCCAGUUCCCUGUCCCAGAAAAGUCCUCUGCUCUACUUGUUGGCUGAUGGGUCCCAGAGGGAUGGAGGAUGACAUAGAGGCUCAGGUGACGUUCCUGCAGGGCGAGAGGAAGGGGCAGGAGAACAUGAAGCAGGACCUGGUCAGGCGGAUUAAGAUGUUGGAGUACGCCCUUAAACAAGAGAGGUCCAAACACCAGAAGCUGAAGACAGGCAGUGAGCAGAGCCCAGGGGAGAAGAAACAAGAGGCAGAACAAGUGCCUAAUGGGCCAGCAGAGUCUGAAUCUGAGCCAGCCAAUCAGAUGUCCUGGAAGGAGGGCCGUCAGCUACUGCGCAAGUACCUGGAGGAGGUGGGCUACUCGGACACCAUCCUGGACAUGCGUUCGAAGCGUGUGCGCUCCCUGCUGGGUCGUACCAGCCCCGAGGCUAACGGCGCCCCGGCCAGCAGCGAGCAGCAGCCCGCCCCGGACCCCGAGCCCCUGGCAGGGGGGGAGUCACUCCUCAUCAGACAGAUAGAGGAGCAGAUCAAGAGGAACGCGGCGGGGAAGGAUGGUUCUAAGGAGCGCCUGGGUGGUUCCGUGCUGGAUAAGAUCCCCUUCCUACACGGCUGCCAGGAUGACGAUGAGGAUGACAGUGAUGAGGAAGAUGACUUCCAGGGCAUGGGCGCGGACCGUAUAGACGGGCAGCGCAACAAGAACAAGAAGCCUCGCGUUAAGAUGGGGACUGAGGCCACGACCACAGACCUGGACCCUGAUGAUGAGGAGGAGGAUGAAGACGACUCGGAGGAUGCCCUGAGCGAGUUUGACUUCCUGGGAUCAGGGGAGGAGGGGGAGGGGGCGGGAGAGGCCCGGAUCUCAGGGGACGGCCGGGAGUUAGAGAACCGCAGGAACAAGUUACAGGGCUUGAUGUCGGACUUCCCCCCCAAACCCUCCCCGCCCCCCUCUGUUUUGGGACAGUCUCGCUCCGGGGAAGGUGGCGCUCUGGGUUUUUCCUCCGACGUCUUCAUCCUGGACGCCGUCGGGGGCGGAGACAUGAACCUGGGGGAGCUGGCUGACCUCACCGUCGCCAACGACAACGACCUCACUGUGGAUCUACAAGAUAACCGGGAGGAGUUCAAGAAGACGUGGAACCCUCGCUUCACGCUGCGCAGCCACUUUGAUGCCAUCAGAGCGUUGACGUUCCACCCCAGCCAAGCCGUUCUACUCACAGCCUCCGAGGACGGAACCCUGAAGCUGUGGAACCUCAACAAGGCCAUACACUCCAAGAAAAAUGCAGCGCUGGACGUUGAACCCAUCUACACCUUCAGAGCCCACAGUGGUGCUGUUCUGUCUCUGGCAAUGGGAGAGGACGGAGACUCGUGCUACAGCGGGGGUCUGGACGGAACCGUGCGCUGCUGGAAGAUCCCUGACAUCAACGUGGAUCCCUACGACAACUACGACCCGGCCAUAGAGAGCAGUGUGUUGUCGGGUCAUGAGGACUCAGUGUGGGGUCUGACGUACUCUGCCCACCACCAUCGGCUGGCCUCCUGCUCUGCAGACGGGACCGUUCGCAUCUGGGCACCCCAGAACUCUGCCCCCUGUCUCUCCGUCUUCAACAAGGAGAAAGGUGUGUCUGUGUGUCUGUGUAUGUUUGUGUGUUUUUGUGUCUGUGAUAUCUUAACUCUCUUUCCCCCCUGCUCAGAGCACGGAACACCCACCUCGGUGGCCUUUGUGAACUCUGACCCCGACCAGGUGGUGGUGUCAUUCGACGGCGGCGAGACGCUGCUCUAUGACCUCAACACAGAGCAGAGCAUCAUGGUCCUGGAGACCGGCACCAAGGACGGCAGUAAGCUGAUUAACUGUGUGGUCAGCCACCCUUCUGAGCCCAUCUCCAUCACCGCACACGAGAACCGCACUAUCCGCUAUCUGGACAACAAGACAGGAAAAGUGAUCCACUCCAUGGUGGCACACCUGGAUGCUGUCACCUGUCUGACCACGGACCCCAAAGGCACUUACCUCAUCUCUGGCAGCCAUGACUGUUCGGUGCGUCUGUGGAUGCUGGACAACAGGACGUGUGUGCAGGAGAUCACGGCCCACAGGAAGAAGCACGACGAGGCCAUUCACGACGUGGCCUUCCACCCCUCGCAGCCCUACAUCGCCUCGGCCGGCGCCGACGCACUCGCCAAGAUCUUCGUCUGAGAGGAGGCACAGACGGGGACCAUCAUCCUCCUUGGUGAGACACUAGGCCCGACAAACACAACUUGGCCAGAGGAGAGUGAUGACUACAAUGGACAAACCUCACCUGCCUACACGCGCAAUUUCACAGUUACACACACACACACGAGACUGUGUCCUGCACCCCACUGGCUGGGUCAGCGCCAACAGGACACUAUUACCCACAGUUCUCUAGCUGUCCCAUGAUGCCUCACUAACUUGUUGCAAUACUAACCAUACUGCUUUUCUAACGACUAAUCUGGCUGCUCGGUUUCUUAGGUCAGUUUACUACACUGUAAUGCUCUGUUCAUUUCUACCUUUACAGUCCACUCAUGGUUCUAAUUAAGGCAGUGUGCGUGUUGACAUUGAUCACUACACAUGCCGAUGCAUCACCUACUACAAUUAGUGACGCGCGCACACACACACGUGGAUUAACAUUCGGUUUGAAACUGUGUUUUUUUUAAAACGUUUUUUAAAAAUAUAUAUAAAAAGCUUAGCUCACCAGUUGCUAACACACAUAAGUACCUGACUACAGUAGAGUCCAGUCCCCAUCAAGUGACGGCGUUAGCCGUUGUCUACUGCAAUACAGCGUGGGGUCACAAUGCAUUUCAUUCCAAAGGCUUCUGAGGGUUUUAGUUUGUGUGUCUGUGGAGUCUUCUCCUAGCCAGUGUUGGACAAACAGCUUUAAUUUCAGCCUCAUCGCCGAGACACUAUGUCUUUUAGUGUUUGUCUGUCCAGUAUUGUACGGCCAUCCAUUUCAGUAGAAUCAAGUUUGAUAGGAAAUGGGUGUGUGUGUGUGUGUGUUGCACUUGUUUAAUCUUUGGUGCUAAGAUCUCGUCAGUCCGAGUCUGAAUCAGGGACAUGUUUGCAUUCGAGGUGUGUGUGUGUGUGGAGUACUCUUUGUCUCACUGGGAUAUUUGUCAUCAACAGUAGCAUGAAAUGGCUUGUAUCAUGCGUCACUCUCCAGCCACGACAUCUGUUUGUGUUGAGAUACUGUAUGGGUCAUUUUUUUAAUCUCAUAUGAAGACUAACACGCUAUGCUAAGCAGACACUUUUCUACUGGUUUCCUUUUAUAUUUGUGUGUGUGUGUGUGUGUGUGUGUGUGUGUGUGUGUGUGUGUGUGUGUGUGUGUGUGUGUGUAAGUUGGCCUUUGUCAUUUCAUCAGGAUAGCUGGUUUGUGAAAGAGUUUGUGGAGAUGAUGUCACAGUGGAGACCUCUGACUGAAACGGUUGACGUUGAGAGAAAGUGACACUACUCCCAAUAUGGCGUCCUGUAUUCUCCCUUCCUUAAGUCGGCAUCAAGUCAAAAUGGUCCUUCGUGCCGGUGUAUUUAUUUAGGCUUGCGCUUGGAAACAUAUUAUCCAUUGAAAUAGCUGUUAGGUUUCUGGUUUUGGUGCGAGUCCUCAUAGUGGGAAACUGGCCUCUCUCCAGUGUCAAUAGAGCCAGCAGGGGAAAUUGCCCCCAGGAUAUAGGAACAAAAGGCACAUAAAGAGCCCUCCUUCCUCUCCCUUUCCCCUAUGGAGGGGAAACAAGAACAAACACUACCUAACCCUUAGCCCCCCUUACAUUGGCCUCCGACAAAUACUGAACUAGACAGGGUUGGUGUCUGUUCACCAAGCAGUCACUUUGGGCUUGGAUUAUUGUUCCUGUUUUUUUCCUGGAAGGGAAAACAAGCGUGGACAAAGUGCGACGCCACUCUGAGCCGCGGGCGACCGCUAAAGACUGGACAUAUCGGUCAGAGAUCAGGGGUGAUGUCGUUAGGUAGCCGGUUUAUUUUUUUGAACUUUCCGGGGUGGAGGCAGAGGGAGCCCUACGGGCAGAUCUCUGGCUGUGGAAACAUGGUUCCACCAGGCCAGGGCAGAGCAGGGCAUGGCAGUAAAGAAUUAAUGGUCCAGUAGCACCAUGUCAAUCGGUAACUGGCCUCUCACACGCCAGAGGGACAGGGUAGAAGUCGUCCCUAACAACUGAUUCCAGAUCAGAUAUUUCUGAAUCUCCUUAAUGGUUAAAGCCAGAAUUGUGGCUAUGGUUAUCUGAUCCUAGAUCUGUGGUUUAAGGUCAACUUUAACCAACUACAGUACAUGCAACAGGGUCACUACAGGGAUCCGAGAAAUGACUGAGAGGUCAACGUUUUCCUCUCCACUGCAAGACCUUAUGGGAAAACACUCUGUGGUCUAGCCAGACAGGUGUCUGCGGGCUUGGUUUAGUACAUGUCAGCUUCAUGUGUUUGCUAAAACAUGAUGGUUUCAGAUGUAUUGGAUUUGACGAGGCAGAGAGAAUGCCUAAAGUGCUCCUGUGGCACAUUGUGUGCUGUAAUGCUUUGUUGUUGAGAGGAUAAAAAUAGUACACAGUUGUCAAUCACCCACACUGUUGGUUAUAUGCUGCACUACAUCAGCUGCACUAGA